AUGCUGGAGACAGGUGAGGGGGAGAAGGAGGAAGAGGAGGAGGAGCACGUGAACACACCAGUGUCCAGACGCAGCAUCUCUCACCCUCAGGUUGCAGAUUUUCACUAUGUCUGGGUUGCUCCCACUCCCAUGGCUCCUCGGGCCAAUGUUAAGCCCAAAUCUAAAAUCUCAGCCUCGAGGAAACUCUCGCUGAAGAUCCUGCUCCUGCAGAGGGCGAUGGAGGAUUUGGAGCAGGAGAAAGUGACACGUGACGAAGAGAAGGUGCGCUACCUGGGAGAGAAACUUCCUCCUCUACAGAUUUCCGGGCUCGCACUGGACGAGCUGCAGAAACUGUGUCGACAGCUUCAUACUAAGAUUGAAGUGGUGGACGAGGAGAGAUACGACAUCGAAGCUAAAGUCAACAAGAACAAUAAAGAAAUUCAUGAGCUGAAGCUGAAGGUGCAGGAUCUUGGGGGUAAAUUUAAGAAGCCGGCUCUGAGGAAGGUGCGCGUGUCAGCUGAUGAGAUGAUGAGAGCUUUACUCGGCUCCAAACACAAAGGCUCCAUGGACCUGAGAGCAAACCUGAAGUCUGUCAAGAAGGAGGACAUCAAACAGGAGAAGGUGCUGACCACUGAGGUGGGAGACUGGCGUAAGAAUGUGGAGGCCAUGUCAGGGAUGGAGGGCAGGAAGAAGAUGUUCGAUGCUGCUGGUGGAGGACAGUGAACAGUGUGUGUGUUUAAAAACGGAGAAAAAUAAUGACUGUGAGAAUGACUUGUUAGACUGUUACACUAUAAUAUUUACUGUUAAUGUUACACUGUAGCUGCUGUUACAUGGUAAUGUUCAUGACAUGGUUACACUGCUGCAGUUACACUACCAGUCAAAAGUUUGGACACACCUCUUAAUUCAGUGUUUUUUGUUUAGGGAUUUAUUUUCUACAUUCUAGAACAAUCCUGGAGAUUUCAAAACUAUAAAAUAACACACAUGGACUUCAGUAAUCCAUAUGUAACGACAACAAAAACCAGUCAGUUGUUAUUUUAAGACACGAAGGUCAGGUGUUCUGGAAUAGUUCUUGCAAGAACAGUAUUGUCAAGUGCAUUUGCAAAACCCAUCAAGCACCAUGAUGAAACUGGCUCACAUGAAGACCAUCCCAGUAAAGCAAGACCAAAACUGACCACUGCUGCAGAGGAGAAGUUCAUUUAGAGUCACCAGCCUCAGAAAUCACCAAUUAACAGCGCCUCAGAUUAGAGGCAUUAUGAAGGCUUUACAGAGCAUCAGUAGCAGACAUAUCUCAAUAUCAACUGUUCAAAGGACAUUAUUGUGGAUUUCAGCCGCCUUCAGCAUUGUUUUACAAUGUAGAGAGAAAUAAACAUCAGGAAACACCAUGGGAUUAGAAGGUGUGUCCAAACUUUUCACUGGUAGUGUACAUCUGUAACAUUUUUCACAACGUUUCAUUUGUUACAUUCUUACAGCUGUUACAAAGUUUUAUUUAUUACACUGUUGCAUUAUUACAUGGUAAUAUGGCUGCUCAUGUCUAAAGUACAAUCAUUUUUAAAUGCUAUAUAUCUAUAUAUAUAUAUCUGUGUGUGUGUCUCUGUGUGUGUGUGUGU